AUGUCAUUGUGGGCAGACAAAUACAGGCCAAAAACGCUAGACGAUCUAGACUAUCAUGGCAAGAUUUCGAAUAUGCUGAGUUCAUUGGCCACGUCGGGUGAUUUUCCUCAUUUAUUGUUCCAUGGCCCAAGUGGAGCGGGGAAAAAAACUAGAAUAUUGGCCACGCUAAGACAAAUCUAUGGUCCCAACAUAGAGAAGUUGAAAGUUGAUCCAAAGGUGUUUGUCACAGCAACUAAGAGAAAAUUAGAGUUCAAUGUGGUGUCGUCUCCUAACCAUCUGGAAAUCACACCUAGUGACAUGAACAACAACGAUAGGGUUGUAAUCCAAGACCUCUUGAAAGAAGUCGCCCAAACUGAAACCAUCGAUUUUACACACGUUGCUGACCACAAGAACAGAUUCAAAGUUGUCAUCAUUAACGAGGCGGAACUGUUAACCCGUGACGCUCAAGCAGCUCUGAGAAGGACUAUGGAGAAGUACUCCGCAAAUAUCAGGUUGGUGUUGGUGUGUAAUUCUAUAUCCAGCAUCAUUGAGCCUAUCAAGUCAAGAACGUUACUAAUUAGAGUGGCUGCUCCUACGGAUGAAGAAAUGGGAUCGGUUUUUGAGAAAGUUCUGAGAGAUCAACCAGAAGUGGCCAAGUCUUUUCCUGCUGAUGAGACCGAGAGACAACAGAUUUACUCCAAGAUUGCCAAAGUUACAGAUCACAAUUUAAGGACUGGAUUAUUGCUUCUGGAAGCCUUAUACUCUUACAAUCCCUCCAUAACCACCAAAACCCCAAUGAUAAUGCCAGACUGGGAAAAUGUCAUCAAGAAAUUAGCAAUUGGUAUCGUCACUGAGAGGACAGUUUCCAAGCUACAGCAGAGUAGAACUGACCUUUACGAGUUAAUCUCCCAUUCUAUUCCAGCCAAACUUAUCCUCAAGAAGUUGACCAUAGAAUUCUGGCGUUUGGUUGACGAAGACUCCAAGAUAAAAGAUAAGGACACAGUUAAGAUGGAUAUAGUCCAACAGGCUUCCAUCUUCGAUGAGAGGUUGAGUCUUGGAUCAAAAGAUAUCUUCCAUCUAGAGGGUUUCAUUACUAAAGUCAUGGUGGUACUUGAAAAGAACGUCUCAUAG